CGAGGGGCGGGUGCUUUGCUCUGGUGCGCUGUGAGGACCACUCAUUAGCAGGCUGUUGAACGCCUAGGCACCCACUGGACGACGCCAGUUGCUAGUCAGUCAGGCUGACCAGGAGUCCCUCAUUAUGGCUCCAUUGACUGCUCACUCAGCCUCCAAAAAGCCUCCAGCAUCCACUGUCGGGCUUGUCCUUGUCUUGGUUCUGGUUCUGGUUCUUGGGAGUCUCCACCGGCCCGAUCCUCUCCCCUCUUCUACUGCAUGUUGUCCCCUCCAUUUGCUUGAUUCUUUUCGAUUUCCUCAACUUGUCUUGGCUUCUGACAUCGUCAUCGCCUCCAUUCUGCAUUGCCUUGACCUUUUUCCACAGCUUGAAAUCCCCAAAAAGCGAUAUUCAUCAUAUACGAUAUUGUUUUGUGCGAUAUUGACGACUAAUAGUUUGUUUUUAUUUUGUGCCGCAGUUUAACUCGCCGUUUACGAUUUCACUUUCCUCUGCGAGACCAGCGACAACAACGAUACCCCUCCGUUUCUCUUAAUAAUAACCUUCGUUUCAUUCACCCACGAAAGUCUGCUCGAUAGCGAUGUUAUGGCCGCUGUGAUCGGCGACCUUAUCUCAGACACCUCAUAUCCUCGUACCAUGAUUGCCAACCCCUCCCUUCAACAUCAUCACUCACACGACUCUUCCUCUUCUUAUCGAUCCGCCAGCCGAUCACGACGCUCCACUACCCCGCGAGCGCAGCGUACAGCAGAACUCGCCGACUUCAGCAGCAACCACAGCUCUGCGCCGUGGUCACACGCACCUGCAUCUGCAACUACGCCUGCAUCUGCAUCGGCUUCAGAGUCAACUUCUACUCCAGUGCCUGCGGGUCACGAAACCGCCCACGUGUCGGCCACUGACGGAGCCUCGCGCUUCCCCUCCCCGCCUCCGUCCUCAUCGCCCGCUGCUGCCACCGGCCCUGCUUAUGCCGAUGAUGCAAAGAGCCCGUCUAUGGCAUCUGACGCGAGGGACUCUGGUCCCCUAGGUCACGCUUCCCAGCCCGGCCCAGCUUCUCACAACUCUUCUGCUCAACAGCCAUCUCCUGCAUCCGACGACUUCCAAAUACCCAACCCUUCUUUUCCUCUCUCCAGCGCAUCGUCGCAAACGCCAACACAGACUGUCAUACACAUUCGUGACCUAGCGCAUAUUCAGAGUCUGGCCAGUGCCGACCAGCUAUCUGGCAAUGGCGGAUCCGGCAUACUCAAUGACCCGCCUCUUCAGCAGAUGAAGUAUGAGAUUAGUGGUAUGCCCAUAGGGGAUAUCAUCGAGAUGGUUGCUGCGUUACUAACAAAGAUCACGACCACCAACGAUUUGCAGCACGAUGCAUUGCAGCGCAAUGUUGCUCAUCAACAACAGGCCAACCAGUCUGGGGACACUAGUGGCAACUCGAUCUCAUCGUUGAACCAUUCAGUUCUCGCGUUUCACGGCAAGAAUGUCCCUGCUAUCACCAUUCUCAGCUACCUCUCAAGAAUACACAAGUACUGCCCCACUACCUACGAGGUUUUCCUCAGUUUGCUGGUAUACUUCGAUCGUAUGACCGAACGUGUCAAUGAUAUGGUCACGAGGAAUGAAGAGAACCGGCGGCAAACGCGGUCCCAGCAACCAAACGCAACUUCUCCUCAAGACACCCCUAUGCGCGGUGAGGGCAUGGAUGUGGACGAGAGUGACUCGGACCUGGCAGAUGACGACGAUGAGGAAAUGACCGACUCAACUCGACCAAGCCGGACAAGCAGCCAUAGGGGAGCUGCCACCCCUACUGAAUACAGUGGUAUUGCAGCGGCGACAUACUUUGUUGUCGACAGUUUCAAUAUACACCGGCUCAUCAUCUCUGGUGUGACGUGUGCAAGCAAGUUCUUCUCAGAUGUUUUCUACACUAACUCAAGAUAUGCCAAGGUUGGUGGCCUGCCGUUGGUUGAACUAAACCACCUCGAGCUCCAAUUCUUGCUCCUCAACGAUUUUCGAUUAGCCGUUCCAGUGGAAGAUCUGGAAGCGUAUGCGACUAUGCUUGUCGAAUUUUAUGCACGAGAAGUAGUUGCCAAGCAGGGGGCAACUGGAAACACUGAGUGA